AUGGGCGAGCAGAGGCGCGCGGAUGCGGGGCACGCGGGCGGCAGGCUGGCGGCGCGGCUGCGGCUCCAGGCGGGCGGCGCUGAAGCGGAGCUGGAGCGUGGGCGCAGGCGCGGCGCCGAGCUGAGCGAGCGGUGGCGGGCGGCCCCGGGCGAGCUGGAGCAAGCGCGCGGCGCGGGCGGGCCUAGGAGCAGAGCGCCGGCGGCGGGCUGGAGCGCGCGAGGAAGUGCAGUGCACGGCGGCUCGGCCGGCGCAGGAUCGCGAGGCGCGGGAGUGGGCGCGAAGGCUGGUGGCGCGCGUGCCCAGCGAGCUGGCGGCGUGCGGCAGCGCGGCGCAAGACCGGAGGCAGUGUGCGGGCGCAAGCAGAGGCGAGCGACGGCGGCGUGGCGGCACACGGGUGACACAAGAGCUGGAGUGGAGCCCAGGGCCUGGCGGCGCUGGAAUGGGUGGCGCAGGCGCACGUGGUGGCGUGGCAGGCGUGGAGCUGAGGCGCACGCGGCUCGGGCAUGUGCAGGUGUGGCACGGCAAGGCCGGAGUAAACGCGGGUCCGGCAGCAAGAAGAGGAGAAGCAGCUGCGUGAACGUGCAGAGCGACGGCGUGCAGCGCAUGGCGGUGUCCCCGCUGAGCGAGCUCAAGCCGCGACCGGUUGGUGUGCAGGAAAGUCGCGCGCAGUGCGGGAGGAGCUACAGUGUGGCGGCUACAGACAAAUCCGCACGGGAGUAG